AUGUUUUGUAUACAAGAGACAGAACCACCACAUGCCGAUCCAUUCGGUAACAAUGAUAAAGAUCCUUUAGGCGCUACAAGCACACAGUCAGAGUCCAGUGAUGAAGAACCUGAAGCAAAACGUCUUAAAACGACGUACACAAGCCCUUCUCUUAAUCUUAAAGUCUACCAAAUACCGGCUUUCAACCCACCGAAAUCCCUCUCAAUAUACCCAACGACACCCACGUCAAUUCUGCCUAAAUUUGUUAAUAACCCUCUUAACUUAGCCAAUCCUUUAGCGUAUGCCACAAGCAAUCUUCAUGCAAGUAACAUGGUUAAGAGUCUCCAUAGCAGGUAUUCUCUGCCAGCAAAACUGACCAUCACACCGGUGCAAAAACCUCCCACUGAUGGUGAAAUUAUCAGGUAUAAAAAGAAUGGGGAAAUAGCAAAGAAGAGAGGGCCUCCAAAAGGAUAUAAGAGGAAACCAAAAGUAGAUCAACUCUCACAGAGUUUUACCAACGGAGCUUUACUACAGGCGCAAAAUACGAUACUGACAAGCUUACUCGCGGCAACAAACACCACGCUCGCUGGUGUAAUGACACCACCAGCAACAUUGCCACAGCCACAACCGGAAGUUAUACCACAAGUUGUAAUACCACCAGGUGUCGAAGUUGUAGAACUCCACUUGGACCCUGCAGAUUGGUUCCCAGCGGAGCCCUACAAAAUGGUGUUCAGCAGAAAGAAGAAUCCGAAAUGGAAGAACUUUCCCUACAGAUGUGAACAUUGCUUUAAGGGUUACCGGGUUGCGUCAACGCUACUGACCCACGCGGCGGAGAGGCACGGCUCGGUGCCCAAAGACGUGGCGAUCCCGUGUCCCUGCUGUCCGCACGUGUCCACUCGCCGCAAGCAACACAAGAAGCACCUGGAGACGCAUGAGGGCAAACGCCACAGAAUAUUCUGCCUCUACUGUUUACCACCACCGAAUGCCUCUGAACCGUAUGUGAAAGAGUCUGAAAAGUACCCAUUCGACAAGUUUCCUCAAUUCUGGUACGCGUCGGAGGAGUCUUUACGUCUACACAAAAAGCGGAAACACCCCUACGCUGCCAUGUUCAACUAUAAUUGGUUCUGUUCAUGGGGCGACAGUAUUCCUAAUAGUUAA